GUCUGAUUUAAUUAAUUGAUAAGAAACCUUCCAAAGACUGUAUAGUGUAUACAAGUACAGCUCCACAAGUAUACAACCGUACAUGAUACAUGUGAUAUACUGAUCUAUCCCCGAACCAAAAGUUUCAAUAAAGAUAUUUUGAUGGCAAAUUGGCAAUAAAGUCGGUAUUCAUCAUACAACCCCAAAAAAAAAAAAAAAAAAAAAAAAAAAUUCACAUACCUAACUCAAAACUUUUUAUUAUUAUUCCCCCCCAAAAAAAGUAUUAUUAUAUUUAAAUCCAACCAAAAUCCUAUAAUAGUUCGGUAACCUCAUAUACGGCGGCCCUUAUUAUAAAAUCCCCAAAAAAACACCCUAUUCAUUCAACCAAAACAAAAUAGUAAUACCAGAAAAAAGAAAAAAAAAAACAUUCAACAAACAAAGAAAUAUAAAAAAACCAAGAACAAAAUAGAUCAAAUCAAUCCAAUUUCUAUGCCAUCAAAAUCAGAUCAAUUGUUCGUAAUUUUCAUCUUCGAAUUCAAAUCCGAAUGAGCUUAUUUGAUAAACUUCGUUCUUCUCCUCCUAAUAUUCAUAAUUGCCGCCUUAUUGCUGGCAUUCUUCUUUUUCUUCUUUUUCAUUCUUCUCAAUUAAUUUCCAAUUUCUUGCUUCCUAUAAAACCCUAAUCUCUCCUUUUUUUUUUUCAUUUGUUUAAUCUUAUCUGAUUUAAUCUAAACAAAUCCAAUCCUUUUUUUUUUUUUUUUUUUUUUUUUUUUUUUUUUUUUGGAGUUUUAAUUUGUUGAAUUUCGUUCAAUGGAGCAUAAUCAACCCGUCGAUCAAAUUUUCAAUGCUGCGAGUGCUCGAUGUAUUGAGAGGCGGACCUGUGCAACUCCUACUGUCAUUGUCAUUGGUGGUGGUAUCUCUGGAGUUGCUGCUGCUCGCUUUCUCACAAAUGCGUCAUUUAAGGUGAUUCUGUUGGAAUCACGCGAUAGACUUGGUGGACGAAUUCAUACUGAUUACUCGUUUGGCUGUCCUGUUGACAUGGGGGCUUCAUGGCUACAUGGUGUCUGCAAUGAGAAUCCACUGGCUCCAUUAAUACGUUCUUUGGGGCUUAAAUUAUAUCGUACCAGUGGUGACAACUCUGUGAUUUAUGACCAUGACCUCGACAGCUGUAGCCUCUUCACUAAGGAUGGACAGCAGAUUUCUCAGCAGUUGGCCAUUGAAGUUGGUGAAAUAUUUAAAAAUAUUCUCAAAGAGACUGAGAAAAUUAGGGAUGCCCACAGUGAUGACAUGUCUGUUCUUCAAGCUAUUUCAAUUGUGCUGGACUCGCAUCCACAUUUGAGACAAGAAGGGCUGGCUCAUGAAGUAUUGCAGUGGUUCUUGUGUAGAUUAGAAGCUUGGUUUGCUGCUGAUGCAGAUAUGAUAUCCUUGAAAACUUGGGAUCAGGAGCAAGUUCUCUCUGGUGGUCAUGGACUAAUGACGCAGGGUUAUUACCCUUUGAUAGAUUCCCUUGCAAAGGACAUUGACAUACGGUUGAAUCACAGGGUUACAAAGAUAUCCAGUGAGCUUGACGCGGUGAAGGUGACCGUGGACGAUUCUGAAAUCAUUGCUGAUGCUGCAAUCAUUACAGUUCCUCUUGGUGUUCUGAAAGCCAACUUGAUUAAUUUUGAACCGAAGUUGCCAGAUUGGAAGAUGUCUGCGAUUUCAGAUCUCGGCGUGGGAAAUGAGAACAAGAUUGCUUUGAGAUUUUCUGAUGUGUUUUGGCCAGAUGUUGAAUUAUUAGGAAUGGUCGCUCCUAAUUCUUUUACAUGCGGUUAUUUUCUUAAUUUGCACAAAGCAACUGGACGCCCUGUCCUUGUCUAUAUGAUUGCGGGAAGGUGUGCUUAUGAUCUUGAGAAGCUUUCAGAUGAGGCAGCAGUAAAUUUUGUGAUGUUACAGCUCAAGAAAAUGUUUCCGGAUGCCACUGAUCCAGUCCAGUAUCUUGUAUCUCGUUGGGGAACAGACCCUCACUCUCUUGGUUGCUAUUCGUAUGACUUGGUGGGAAAGCCUACAGAUGUAUACGACAGACUAAGAACACCAGUUGGUAGCCUCUUCUUUGGUGGUGAAGCAGUUAGUAUGGAAGAUCACCAAGGUUCUGUGCAUGGAGCUUACUCUGCAGGAAUAAUGGCCGCUCAAAAUUGUCAGAGCCAUCUCUUAGAAAGACUUGGCAACAUAGAAAAGUUCCACCUUAUCCCUUGGAGGGAAGAAAGUCAUGAUGCUUCUAUUCCUCUACAAAUUUCUAGAAUGUAAACAACUAAACAUGAGUAUGACAAACUUGACGAGGAGUUUUGAUGUUUUGUUUUGUUAAUAACUUCGUUAUAGACGUUCAGCAAAUUGUUGUACUUUGUAUCUGUUUGUUGUCUUACGGAUGUCAUCAUUUCAUGCUCACAAAUGCAACAGUUUUAAUUGCACAUCUGAAGAACUUUCUA